GUUGCGCGCGCAGAAUACUAGCGUCGCGGGGGAGGUAGCAGUUCAAGAUGGCAGCGGUCGUGUUCCGUACUUCUCUCCGGUGCUGGAGAACUGGCAUCGGUUGGGGUUGCGGGUUGCGGCAGCUGAGCCAAACGCAGGGGCCUCCUGAUUACCGUGGCUUUGUGGAGUCAGCGGAUGAAUUCCAGUUCGUGGAACGCCUGUUACCUCCCACCAGCAUCCCAAAGCCACCAAAGCAUGAACAUUAUCCCACUCCUAGUGGCUGGCAGCCUCCCAGAGAUCCCCCACCCGACCUGCCCUACAUUGUGCGGCGUUCCCGAAUGCAUAACAUCCCUGUCUACAAAGACAUUACACAUGGCAACCGCCAAAUGACUGUGAUCCGGAAAGUGGAGGGAGACAUCUGGGCCCUGCAGAAGGAUGUGGAAGAUUUUUUGAGCCCGCUGCUGGGGAAGACACCUGUCACCCAGGUUAAUGAGGUGACAGGUACCUUGCGGGUCAAGGGCUACUUUGAUGAGCAACUCAAAGCCUGGCUCCUCGAGAAGGGCUUCUGAGGUCUACCGAGCAGCCUGCAUGGACAGACUGGAGUCCAGGGAACCUUGGGAGGAAGAAAGUGGGUAUUAGAGCUCCUGGGAAGGAUACAAGGACCAGGGUUGACGGUUUGGGCACGGCAGAAAGUAAGGGCUAAAGGGUUUUGGAGUCAGAUCUUGCUUGUAUAAAGGGGAAAUGGGCUCUGAUACGUGGGUCCACUGGGAAGAGCUGCCCAGCAUGGGAAACCCACCAGGAAUAGCCAAGGUAGUAGGGGCAAUUAAUUGCUGUCCUUCCUGUCACUGUGGCCUGCUUUUGGGGGGCUCCUUGGGUUUAACUGUUCAGAUUAAGGGGAUAUCAGAUAUUUAGGGGAUAGCCCAGAGCUGGGUGUGGUGGUGCACACCUGUAAUCCCAGCACUUGGGAGGCUGAGGCAGGAGGAUCAUUGGCGAGUUCA